UUGUAUAUCCGGCAAAUCGGAACGCCAAUUUGACUGAUAUGUAUGGUCGAUGAAUCUUUUUCCGGGAGCCGGCGUCCAUUUUCCUUCUUGGUUUGUCUUUAGUUGGCGCGUUUCUUGUUUAUAAAAAAGCUUCGAUAUUUAUUUGUUAUACAAAAAUUUAAAUACCGAAGGAAAAAAUGGAAGGUGCGCCAAGUGGCAGGGGCGGUUUUAGAGGUCGCGGUGGACCUGGUGGACCGAUGAGAGGACGCGGUGGCUUUGGAGAUAGAGGAAGGGGUGGUCCACCUAGAGGAGGUAGUAUGAUGCGAGGUGGUCGCGGUAGUGGACCUGGAGGUGGAAUGAGAGGUGGUCCACCAGGUAUUAGAGGUAGAGGUGGUCCUCCAGGAAGAGGUGGACGCGGCCAUUUUCCACCAGGAGGUCCUCCAGAACCUGGAAUGGCAGGUGGUCCUGGUGGUGGCCCUCCGCCCCCAGGAUUAGGUGGUCCACCAAGAGGAGGAAGUAGAGGAGGUGGAAGCAGUGGUUUUCGUGGUAGAGGGAGAGGAGAUUUUGGUAGAGGAGAUAGUCGUACUCCAAAUAAUAAUUUCCGUGGACGUGGUGGCAUGGACAGAGGAAGUCGUGGUAGUUCGAGAGGUGGCUCGAGCAGAGGUGGUCCAGGUGGAAGAGGAGGUUUUGGAGAUCGUGCUAAUAGAGGUGGCAGAGGUGCACCGACGAAAAGAGCAGGUGGUCCACCGGGAGCAAGUGGUCCUUCGAAAAGACCAAGAUUUGAUCAACCAUCUUCACAACCUUCUAAUGGUUAUGCAACACAACCUCCAAAUCAAGGUGGAUAUGGAGGAGGUGCAGGAAAUGCGUAUGGUGGAGGUCAACAACAGCCACCACAGCAGCAACCAGUAGGAUACGGUGGAGGUUAUGGAUCACAACAAGGUUAUGCACAGUCAUCAUAUCAAGGCUAUGAAAGUUAUCAACAGCCACCUGACUAUGCACAAGCUGCGGGGUAUCCACCAUCGGCGCCACCUGAUAAUAGGUAUGGAGGAGCUCCUGCUGUGCCAGCAACUGGAGCAUUUAAUACUGGUGAUCCUUAUAGUUAUGGAAAGGCACCACCUUCAGCUAGUUACCAGCAGGAGGCAGUAGCAGCUGCAGUUGCAGGGGGUGGGGGUCCGGGUUAUGCUCCUGCUAACCCGUAUGACGACCGAUCUUCUAAUGCUACCACCAUGAUCAACAGGGGUGGUUACUCUACGCAACCUUAUGAUUACCCAAAUCAGGAUGGAGUAUACGGCAAACAGGAUUAUGGUGGCAGUGCUGGUUACCAAAACGCCCAGUCUCAGCGACGUUAUUAAAUAUUGCAUACACAACUAUUUAAUUAUAAACGUCAAAUUCUUUUAUAAAUUCGAAACUUUGUCUAACGUGUGAAAUACUUGGAUACUAAUAAUUUAUCAGUCAGAAAUAUAAUAUGGAAUUUGACAGCAGUAAAAUGGAUAUACUUUAUAGGUAUAAGAAUUUUAUCUGCGUUAAAAAAAAAAAAAAAAAAAAAAAAAAAAGAAAAAAAAGAUGGUAAAGCGUUAUAGGAAAACGUUUUUCCUAUCUUCAUUGCGCUAAUGGAAAUUAUGAAACGGCGCGAGAAGAACAAGAAGUUGUUCAAUUAUAUGAUUGAAAAGUAUAAAUGACAAGAGCGUUUUAUACUUGACUAGCAGUAUAUAGUAUCUACUAUGUCAUGUUUCGCUUACACAAUUUUAUAGGAUUAAGUUUAGUUGCUGUACAGUCUUCUUCAUUCACUUUGCGUAUUGUAAAAUAAAAUCAAUUGAUAAAAUCAUUAUUGUAACUGUAAGGGCAAUGAUGUCAAGUUUUUUUGUGAGAAUGAGAUUAACUUUUAAAGAAAUUUAAAUAUGAAAUUAUUGAGAAAUACAAAGCUCAACACGCAUUAUGUGUAAAUCUAUAUUUCCAUAGUGUAUUCAAUCUGUUUAUUUAAAAGAACUAUAUAAAUAUAAUUUUAUUAGUUGAUGGUACCUUUUUGUGCGAUAAUGCGUUAUUUUUUUAUUUGGGAUUGUCUUAAUGAUAAAAAAAAAAAAAAAAGAAAGAAGAAAAAAAAACAAACAAAAAAAAAUUUAAAUGUGACGAAAUUUCCAUUGUUAUAUGCGAUUUUUAGAUUGAUACAUCAUGAUUCUGAUUAAUGAUCUUAAUGAAUAUGUAUCUAUCUCAAUUAAAAAUGAGAAAAAAAAAACAAAAUAGUAUCGUUUUCAUGGAAAAGACUCAGUGCUAAAUUAAUUUUUACACCUUAAUAAUAAAAAUUAAGAUAUAAUUAAUAAUGUCACACUGGCAGAGACAAUCAAGGCACAAAUUGUGAAAAUUAACAAACGAAUAAAGAAAAUAACUCUCUAACAAAAUUUCAAGAAAGGCAAAAAGGUGUGACUUGCUGUGAUAUUUGUGCAUGCAAAUUAGAAGAAUUUGUCCCAGCCAAUUGUGUCUCUAAAUAUAUAUAUAUAUAUAUAUAUAUGUGUGUGUAUAUAUAUAUAUAUGUAUAUAUAUAUAUAUACACUCCCACACGUAUAUUAGGAUUUGAAAAUAUUAAUGAAAAGACAAGAAAAAUUUAUAUUUAUGUUUUAUUUGUUAUAUAAAAUAAUAAUUUAAUCUACAACGAAACUGUAUCAAAAGUUAUUGUCGUAUAUAAAUAUAUAUAUAUAUAUAUAUAUAUAUAUAUAUAUAUAUAUGAUAUUGUGUAUGUAUAUAUAUAUAUAUAUAUAUACAUACAUACAUACAUACAUACAUACGUACGUACAUACAUACAUACAUACAUACAUACAUACAUACAUAUAUAUCAUUUUCAUAGUAGUAGUAUUGAUUCAAUAUUGUAAGCAAUAGAAGAAACAUUGAAAUGGAGAAACACAAAAAAAUAUCGUGCAAAAAGCAAA